AUGUCACAGGCCCUGCACCCUCUGAAGUCUGCUGGCUUGACGACCGCCGAUGAGCCAACAACGCUAGAUCUCAGUCCAAACGUCAAGGAGCAUCUUUACCUCGUCUUCUUUGAGCAUAUCCAGCCCGUGUUUCCCGUCGUCACCCAUGCAAGUCUACGAGACUUUCCCGUCACGCCGCUGUUGGAAAGUGUGAUACUUGGUAUAGCCGCACGCCAUCAUCUUGCCAUCGCUUCUUGGAGGGACUACGUUCACAUACAGAAAAUCAUUGCACACGAGCUUAAGGUCCUCUUCAGUACACGGCACCCCUAUCAGCCGAGGAUUCAAACCGUACAGGCGCUUCUGCUCGUGUUGACAAAGUUUGAACUCGUCACACAUGGCCAUGGCGACAUCAUGUCCACCGGAUUGAGACUUGGACUCCUCUGCAAGAUGGCCAGGGAUUUGGGAUUAGACAAACCAUCCUCGGUUGUGACAACCGACGGCGAACAUCUCAACACGGUGUUGUGGAAGGGCUGCCUGUUUGAGGAUGCGAUCAUUUCCGCCAUGAUGGGCCAACCUCUCAAUCUCGUCGUGUCGCCCAAGGAAAUCACGGCGCUACCGAACCGGUCCAACAUCUCAGGAGAGAUAUUCUUUGGCGAUGCUGUAGAGGCUUCUCACUGUCUCCGAUCACUGCUCAGAGCAGUUUAUGCAAGCCGACCUGUCGAUGCGGAUAUCGUCCGGAACUGCGAACAGGUUCUCAAACAGAUACAUCGCUACGGAGCAGACCUGACUUUCCUACAACAACACCAUUCCGAAUGCGAAUACAAAGCGCUUUGCAUGUUGCACCAUAACAACAGACUACUUUUUGUACUCGGACUUGCCUCCUUGACAAACACAUCAAGUUACGCCCAAGAACUUUCCCCAAUUCUCGCUCAGGAAGCUGCUUCGACCAUUCCGCAGGCCUGCCAAACGCUUAUGUGGUUCAGCGUAGACUUUUAUCUCCAGAUGGCUUCUCGACUGAACCAAUUGCUAUACUGCGCUUCACGAGCCUUGAUGCUUGUUGUGGAUGUCUUCCUUGAGGCUCAAAGGACACACAAUUCUUCAAAGGAGUUUAUCCACGAGCUCGAAAAUGCUAUUACAUCAGCUACAUUAUUGAAGGAUUUUCUACUCCAAGACACUUCCUGGGGUGCGCACUGGUCCCAAGGCCAUACUCUUGCAGCUGUCCUUGCUCGGCUCCAGCAGACAGAUUGUCACCAUCGGCACAUACCCGUUGAGCUGAAGAACGUUAUUCGCUUCCGAACCCUUGACCAGGGCGAUAUUACUGAUUCCGGGACCUUGGAGCCUCUGCGAAAUACCGAUGAAGCCUUGUACAGCGACGAGUUUCUCAACAACGUCCUUUUCAAUUCCACAGACUGGGAUUCCGUGUUGAUGCACUACGAAGAGACUUAUCCUCAGCCAAUAUGGUGA